AUGCCCGAUGUGAACUCGAUCAAUCCGCCGUCCUCCAGGCCCCGCGCCAUGUCAGGCUCUCCCAUAUCUCAGCGCCCACGCCGCAUAUCAAUCGAUGCUGCCAGGCCAAGCCCACCUUCGCCCAGGUCACCCUCACUGUCAUCUCUUCAAGCCGCUGCGGCAAUCAAUGCAGGACUGCACCGCUCGUCCGGGGGAGCUUCACCGAGCUUGGAACGCAGGCGGUCUUCGCUCAUGAACAAUCUUACUCUGAACGACCCUGCUGUACCAUCACCGGGAGAGCUCCAACAAGUCAACGGAAGCAACGCCGGCAGCCCCCGCAUGAGUAGAAGGUCAUUCGCAAUGGCUACCGCAGAUCCCCAUCACCAGAGGCAGCCGAGUCUGGGUGAGCUGCAUCAAGAACUCGAGAACGAACAAGAGGCACAGGUAAAUCGACUUCUUCACAUGAUCCGACUGCAGCAGGACCAGUUGGUGGCGAUGCAGAGGCAGCAGCAAACCCCGGCAGAGCCGUCGUCGGCAUCCUCAGAACAUACCAGGUUUCCCACUCCACCAUCUGCUUUGCAAACUCCCGCCAGCACUGCCGUGACCGAGCAGUCAUCACCACGCUCGACUUCGAUACCCCACUUCCCUCGUCCCCACUCCCUCUCACGCCAAUCUUCCGCACGACUCUCCAGCAGAGGCAACUCGCCAGCUCUGCGUCCUCAACGAGCAGAGUCAGGAAGUCUAGGGCCUUUGACAGAGGACUUUUUGCUGGGCGGCACGAGAGAUGAGAGCGCGUUCUACCAAGCCGAAACGCAGAUGCUGACGCGAGAAAAUCAAAUGCUGAAAUUAAGAAUCCGAGAGCUGGAACGUCAGGUGUCAGAGAUGGGCAGCUCGAAUGCGAUUGCAGGAGGUCAAACGGGUAACAGCCUUCCACAACUGCAUUCACCACUUGCAAGUCCACCGGCGACGUUCGCAAGUGAGCCGGCACUGCCCGUGCCUGCAGAGGUUGGAGCAACUGCAAAGGUUGACUGA